GACCACACUCGACAGGAAGUCGUCCUCACAGCUCGGACCGAACAGGAGGCCCAGGUGAAUCGUCAUCAUGGCACCUUUUCUUCGUAUCUACCUGAAUACUUUUGAAAUGGGUUCCCUGCCUGCACUGACAGAGGCUCCCAUCUGUGCCAUCAGGAUAAAGGAGGCCGUCACCACAGAGCGAGGGAAAACCCUGGUCCAGAGGAAGCCCACCGUGUAUCCACCUUGGAAAUCCGCUUUUGAUGCUCACAUCUAUGAGGGACGUGUCAUAGAAAUGAUCCUUAUGAAGAGCACCGAGGAGCCGCUGGCCAAAGUCACUCUGGGUGUGUCGGUGCUCGCAGAGCGCUGUAAGAAGUCCAAGACCAAUAGUCGUGACGAUUUCUGGGUGGAUCUUCUUCCUUCAGGGAAAAUCCAGAUCAAUGUGCAGUUGUUCCUGGAGAACAUUGAUGCAGUUGAAAAAGUGAAGUCCAUUCCUGAAGAUGGAGUCUUGACCCUCAACAGGAGGAGAGGAGCUUUCAAGCAACCGAGGAUUCAUGUCAUCAAGAACCAUGAGUUCACCGCCACCUUCUUUGGCCAGCCCACAUUCUGCUCUGUCUGCAGGGACUUCCUCUGGGGACUCAACAAGCAAGGUUACAAAUGCAGACAAUGCAAUGCUGCAAUCCACAAGAAGUGUAUUGAAAUGAUUAUUGGCAGGUGCACUGGAACAGCCACCAACAGCCGUGAUACGAUGUUCCAAAAGGAGCGUUUCAAGGUAGACAUGCCGCAUCGCUUCAAGACUUAUAACUACAAAAGCCCCACAUUCUGUGACCACUGUGGCAGCCUGCUGUGGGGUCUCUACAAGCAGGGCCUUAAAUGUGAAGACUGUAGCAUGAAUGUUCAUAGUUACUGCCAAGUAAAAGUGGCCAAUCUAUGUGGAAUCAACCAGAAAAUGCUGGCAGAAGCUUUGUCUCAAAUCUCCCAGAAAUCCACCAAGAAGCACGAUGAGCCCAGCGGACCAGAUAUUGGCAUCUAUCAAGACAUCAAAAAUGCCAUAACAGAACCUAGUGUUACUCCUGGUGACAAGGACAUGGGAGUGAGCCCCACCCCGUCUGCAGUUACGACUCCACAGACUCGUCUCACCUUCAACCACUUUGUGUUCCAUAAAGUGCUGGGAAAAGGCAGCUUUGGCAAGGUGAUGCUGGCAGAGCUGAAAGGACAGGGACAGUACUUUGCUGUGAAGGUUCUAAAGAAGGACGUGGUUAUCAUGGAUGAUGAUGUGGAGUGCACCAUGGUAGAGAAGAGAGUCCUGUCUCUGGCCUGGGAGAACCCUUUUCUCACCCACCUCUACUCCACGUUCCAGACCAAAGAGCAUCUCUUCUUUGUUAUGGAGUACCUGAAUGGAGGCGACUUGAUGUUUCACAUUCAAGAAAAAGGCCGCUUUGAUCUCAACAGAGCUACAUUCUAUGCUGCAGAGAUAGUAUUGGGGCUGCAGUUCCUCCACUCUAAAUGCAUCGUCUACAGAGAUUUGAAGCUGGACAAUAUUAUGCUGGACAAGGACGGACAUGUUAAAAUCGCAGACUUUGGCAUGUGCAGAGAGAGGAUCUCUGCAGAGAACAGAGCCAGCACAUUCUGUGGAACACCGGACUAUAUUGCGCCUGAGAUCCUGCUUGGACUGAAGUACACUUUCUCAGUGGACUGGUGGUCAUUUGGCGUGCUAGUUUACGAGAUGCUGAUUGGUCAGUCACCGUUUCAAGGUGACGAUGAGGACCAGCUGUUCGACUCCAUCAGAACAGAAACCCCGCACUACCCUCGUUGGCUCACCAAGGAAUCCAAAAGCCUACUUGAACAGUUGUUUGUGCGAGACCCCAGCAAAAGGUUGGGUGUGGUGGGCGACAUUCGUUUGCACUCUUUCUUUAAAGUCAUCAACUGGCCAGCACUGGCCAAGAGACAAGUUGAGCCUCCUUUCAAGCCUAAAGUGAAAUCUCCCAACGACUGCAGCAACUUCGAUCGAGAGUUCCUGAACGAGAAGCCCCGUCUCUCACAUGGUGACAAAAAACUCAUUGAAACCAUGGACCAGAAUGCAUUCAGUGGCUUUUCUUUUGUCAACCCCAGAAUGGAGCCACUGAUAAGUAAAUGAAACGGCAAACUCUUCAGAAACAUCGUCGUUCA